AUGUUCAAAGGAAACCGUUGUUGGGGAAAGAGAAUUGGGUUGUAUUUAAGCACCAACGAAACAACGAAAUUCAGAAUGAACAAAUUUACAAGCGCCGAGUUGAUUCAUGAGAAGAUCAAUUUGCACCACGCAGAGAGCAAUGACCGAAGCAAACCAGUCAUUUCUCAGGAGGUCCACUUAAAACAAGCACCAAAGGAUCUUUUCGCCGACCUGAAGAUGCAACACGAAUAUCUUAAACCCGUCCAGACAGAGGAUAAAAGUGUUCCUGUCAUUCCAAAGAACCCAAGCAUUUUGUUCACUAAUCAACACCAAAAGCUCAUGAAGGAAAUCAGAAGAGAUGAGUAA